UAUAUAUACAGAGAGAGAGAGAGAGAGAGAGAGAGAGAGAGAGAAAGAGACGUAGACGGAACGAGAUCGUCGAGGUUAGAACGAAGAAGCAUCGGAGGGAAGGAGAGCGAAGAAUGAUUGUUUCCAUGAUUACAAUGGAACGGAAGAGGAAAAGGGACGGAGGUUGGCCUAGGAAGAGGGUAUGGGGAGCAAUCUCUUAGCGCUAACGUAGAUUCGUGGCCCAGGGUCUCUGGAAAUAUUACACCGGAGGGGUACGAGAGUCCCGGCCGUACCCACCGGGGAAUUUCGUAACUCCAAGGAUAAUGUGUGUCAGCUCCGUCGAACCAGUUCCGCAAUUUUCCAAAGAAAUCUCGCGGUUUGUUUGCCGACAGGGCAAAACGCAAAGGGCAAAGGGAGAAACGCGUACGGCCUACCAGCAGGCCCGUACGUCUCCGCGGAUGCAAUUUGAACACAGAGAAGACGAUCUUCGAUGAUCGCGCGCGGCGUAUUACGCGCGAAACAAAGGGAUGAUCGUGGCUGGUGGUGGAUCGCGUACGAAGAUCGAGCAACUUUUCGUCGGAUAAGAAGUCGCGUUUCCUCGUGGGAUGGUCGAACGUUAUCCUGAAUUAGCGAAUCGAACGAAUCGUUAUCUUUGUCGUGGAGAUAACGAUUCUGCCGGCGACGUAAUAGUUUCCGUUCUCGUUCUGCGCGGCGCAAACUGUUGUUCCCCAGUGACAAAGUACUUAAGACAUUAUCGAUUGUCCUCGCAGAAGGAAGGAAUUCAAACUUUUGCCCCGUUCUUCCCCGUCUAUUCUUUUCUCGUCCGAAACGGUCGAAAGCACGACGAUAGGUUACCUUCGUUCGCAGAUUACCUCCGACAAAGACCACGUUCGAUUCUACCGGUUACAUUGCACGAAAAACGUGUUUCGAGGAACGCCGUGCCGAGCUAUCCUAAUUAGACUCGCAAUUGCCGCUGAAAGCAGCGACGAUGGUCCGGCUCGUGCGACUCCUCUCGAUCUCCCGUUCGUUUUCCCAUGUAUCCUCCUGCUUUCCUUCGAGCUGAAUAAUUUCGAGGAACCGAUCUUGUUACCCGAACGAGAGGAUAUCGACCAUCGAAGAUAUCGUGUCGCGAUCGUACAUCCAGACGUGGUGUAUAAGGCCAGAGGCGGAGGAAGGCGAAGAACGCAAGUGGAAUUCCGCGAAAUUGGCGCGCACGCCUUCCAAGGUGGGAUGGAUUCGUGUGGAGGAUAAAACGAUAUUGUCGAUGGGUCAACGAACGGUGACUCACUCGCCCCGAUUUCUCGUCACGCUGGAGAACGCAAAGUCGAAGAAUCAAAGCCAAUCGAGAGACGAGGAGGAAGCCACUUCGCGGCUUCAUAUUCGCCAGCUUCGGGAAGCUGACCGAGGCUGCUACAUGUGCCAACUGAAUACGAAGCCCAUGUUGAGCCAGCUGGGAUGCGUGGAUGUCCUAGUACCGCCGGAUAUACUUAGCACCGGCACAUCGGAGGGCGAGGUCUCCGUUCUAGAGGGUGAGAACGCCACCCUCUCGUGCAAGGCCUCCGGAAGACCGACACCUCGUGUGCUCUGGCGACGCGAGAAAAGUGGUUUCAUACUUAUGAGGGGUCUUCACGAUCCGCUGAUACCAGUGGACAACCAGUCCGGUGAGAAGCUGGAAUUAACCAGGGUAGACAGGAGGCAAAUGGGAGCUUAUCUUUGUAUAGCCAAAAACGAAGUGCCCCCGGCAGUCAGCAAGAGAGUCUAUCUAAGGGUAAACUUUCCACCUAGCGCCAAGGUUCCCAAUCAAUUACUGAGUUCGCCUUUGGACACGGACGUAUCGUUGAUCUGUUUGAUCGAGGCAUAUCCAAAGACGAUUAACUUGUGGACUAGAAAGGAGCAAGUUAUCAUGAGCGGUGGUAGAUACGAGAUCGACGAAAGGGGACAUCCGGACGAGGAAUGGAAGACAACGAGCGAGCUGAAGAUAAGACGUUUAGAGAAAACGGAUUUAGGAGAGUACACGUGUUCAGCGUCCUCAAGCAUGGGGAAAGCCGAGGCUACCCUCAGGGUGUACGAAAUUGAACGAGCAACUCCACCCACCCGGACUACCUUGGCGAACUCGAACAAAUCGAGCAAUCGAGGGAAAUCAAAGUUCGCUCAGGUCACGACGAUAAAUCGAAUUUUUCAUCAGAUGAGCACACCGGCGAUGCAGAAGAGUACCGCGAGAAUCGUUUACAACAAGCACAUGACGACCUCGACGACGGUGGAUCCACGGGCGCCUUUCAUCAAAGACAAGAACUUGUUUAAGAAUCACGACACCCCGAACGUGAGAAAUUGUGCCAACGCGAAGAAACUCAGCGAUACGCGGAUUUACGCGGUCUGCUUGCUGUUCUUCCUGACCCUACGGUAAACGUUCGCAACGAACGUAUACGCGGCGAAAGCUCUGUUAACGGAUUGAGCGAGCGAAAAGCUACUGCAAGUUGUUCGCUCGCGGUUCACGCGUGAUGGCACGCAAGGGAAAUGAACGAACGAAUCGGAAAUCUUGCGGCUAGACAAACACCGUGAUCUGACCACGAUAUCUCUGAACAAACGAUAGAGAGAAGAAAUCGUGACUCCCAAGUAUUAAUCGAACGGAAGCAAGUUCUUAUUGCGUUUGAAACGAGCACGAAUUGCUAGUAAAUAGACGAUACAGCGAACAAAUCGAUCUCUCUCUUGUCGCGGACAAACACCGCGGUGAAUACUGUUGCGAAUUUUAAAAGAUAAAUGCUUACGAAUGUAUUUUUUAUGACCCUUUUAUCCGUUUUGGAAUGCGGGGAAAAGAGUAAAGUCGUGAGCGAAGUGUGUUCUUUAGUUGAACUAAAUGUAACAUUGUCGAGUAUUUUUUUAACAACGAACGAAGCAAAAGGAAUACAAGGUUUCCCAUUGGAAUUAUUAUUUCCGAUUUGUGGAGUUA